CUAGGAUAUAUGAAACAUCCUGUGUAACAGAUAUCCUAACAGAGCACACAGCUCUAAAGUAACCCCUCCACCAGAAAACGAAUUCUCACCCAGUUUGUUUUCUGGUGAUGAUGGGUUUUCCUGCAUCAAUCACAGCAACCGGAAUAUCAGCCAGUAAAUCUGUCAGUGGAAAUAGGUCAAAUACCUCACUUUAUUAACGGCCACCUUUCGAAACACUCGCUUUUAGGACUCGAUCAAAAUUUUAAAAUGUCUCGAGUUUCGGUGCUCAGCGGUCUGACUCGCUGUGUUAUCCGCUCCACCAGGACAAGGAAGUGUAUCCUGCGCUGUUUGUCGGAUAGAUCCGAUUCACCCUUCAUCCCACAGUCUUCGGCAGAAGCCCAACCGAAGCAAAAUAACUUGGAAAGCGAAAGCCACCAGGAGCAGUCAGGUCACCUUUUUGUUUUGCCGGCUUUAAAAAAUCUGCACGACAAAGAGGAGAUAGCAGAGGAUUGCGAUGAUGGCAUCACUGCUUCGUGGGGAUGGAAAAACAACGAACUGGACGUCGAGCAACUGGCAGGACUUCCCAGUCCCAGCGAGGCUGAAGAUCCAUAUUUGAAGGCAGAAGGGGAGCACGAAGGCGAUCAGAUAUGCUACACCGAAGCGGACCAUUCUGAGAUCCAGGAGGAAUUGCAGUUCGAGAGAACGAGAAGCCUGCGCGAACAGCUGAACCAAGAUCUGGACUCCCAAGAAUCCUUCUCCGGCUUCGAGCGAAGUACCCUAACUUCCGUGCUGGAGAAUGUCGACGUUAUGAUUCAGGAACUCAGUAAAAUAUCCCUUCUUCUUAACACGCUAUAUCAACAGAAAUUCGCUUUGGCAAACGAAGCUCCAAAUCAAGACGAGAACGCUAUGGGUAGAAUCUACUCCGAACCUAAAAUGGCUUCCUGGGCACUUGACCAAUCCCGUUUCAAAAACAAAAUGGAUCAUGAGAAGGAAUCAGCCGAGUCUGUUUACUCUGCUUUUAUGUCCGAUUUGGAAGAUGUUACUUGUCGGAACUCUAACACAGCCAAUUUGUUAUCCAAGCAAAAGGAAUUCGAUGCUUUAGAGAGCCCUUAUGUAUUUGCUGACUCGCAGGGCGUAGAGACAUCGGAUCCAACAACCGCUGAUCUGACACAAGAAAUAGGGGAAUCUGGACAAAUUCAGAGUGUCAUGGGUAGAUUAAACACAGAUCCCGAAAUUGCUUCUUCUGCAUUUGAUCAGUCCUGUUUGGAAAAGGGUCUGGAUCAGGAGGAGGAAUCAAUUCAGUCUGUUGCAUCCCAGGUAACCGCUUCCAUGUCUGAUCAGGAAGGUUUGGAGGAAUCUGAGAGUUUUGGGAGCUCAAUGUUUGAGCAAGGAAAAGUUGAGAAUGUAGAGAGCUCCUUUGUAACUACCAACUCUCAGAACAUCGAGAAAUCGGAGCCAAUAACCGCGGAGCUGGCACAAGAAACAGGGGAAUCUGGACAAGUUGAGAGUGCCAAGGGUAGAUUCAUUUCAGGUCCUGAAAUGCCUUCCUGGGCUUUUGUCCAAUGCUGUUUGGAAAAGAAACUGGAACAAGAGGAAUCAAAUGCUUCUGUUGAAUCCCAGAUUCAGGAAGGUUUGGAGGAUAUUGAGAGUUUUGGGAGCUCUGACAUAACUAGUUCAAUGGUUGAGCAAGAAAAAAUUGAGGAUGUAGAGGACUCUGUUGUAUCCACUGAUUCGCAGGAAAUCGAGGGAUCGGAGCCAAUAACCGCAGAGCUGGCACAAGAAACAGAGGAAUGUGAACAACUUGAGUCUGCCAUGGGUAGGUUCAGCUCAGGUCCUGAAAUGCCUUCCUGGGCUUUUGUCCAAUCCGUUUUGGAAAAGAAACUGGAACAGGAGGAGGAAUCAAAUCAGUCUGUUGAAUCCGAGGUCAAUACUUCUGUAUCCGAUCAAGAAGGUUUGGAGGAAGUUGAGAGUUUUGGGAGCUCUGACAUAACCAAUUCAAUGCCCGAGCAAGAAGAAUUCGAGCUGAAAGAGAGCUCCUUUGCUUCAACUGAUUCUCAGGACAUCGAGGAAUCGGAGCCCGUAAUUUCAGAGCUGGCACCGGAAACCGCAGAAACUCAACAGAUUGUAUGUGCAGACGACAGCCAUGAAUCCAGUCCCUCAAAAACUAAUGAGAUCACUCCCGAAAAAGAAAACAGGCAAGAGAUUCAGCCCGAGGAGCCCAUCCACACCUACAGACCCUUCAAGACCAUCGAAGUGCCAGUGGAUGAACCAUCCAGUAGCGUGUCUUCCGAGUCAAGUGAAGAACAAUCCCCGACGCAGAAAGCCUCCGACUUCGUUGGCUUAUUGGACAACACAGGGUACAGGGUUUGUACCAAGCUCACGAAGUCCGAGUCCCGUCAACUGAUGCGUUUGGCUCUGCAGCAAGCUCUCGACGAUCUGGAGUCCGGGAAAAGCACGUAUAAAGCCACCAUUUUGGAGGCCGACACCAAGUGAUAACGAAACACUUUAAUAAAGUUACAAAAUUAAUAACACA